GGCUCGCACUCUCAGCCAGCCCGUGCACCCCCUCUCCCGCGAACUCACCCAGCGCCUGACGACGGCGGACAACGCCGCCCCUCCCGCCGACGACAGCAGACGGCCAGACGACAGCCGACCCUCCCGCCCUCCGCCGUGCUUCCCCACCGACCUCUCCCAUUCGGCACUUCCCUGACCUCUGUCGCUCCACUCUGCCGGGAUUUCACCCGGCUGCGGCCGCCGCCACGCCUCCCCCCUUCCGCUGACGCCCGGCCCUGCCCCGAGCUCCGCCCCUCCGUCAGGCCUGCCGUCGUCUGCGGUCCUCCUCGCUGCGUCACCACUCCGCGCGAGCCCCGCAGCGACUCGCCCUCUCCACCAUCCGUCCAUCCCGUAACUUCCCUCCCCCUCUCCUGACCCCGUCUUAUGCUCGGCCCUACUUGAGCUCCAAUCCGACCCAAUGCGGCCAUGAAAUCCCUCCUGUAGUCGAGCUUCCUCCGUGCCGUAUCUAAGCGUCAUCGCCGACGCCGCAUACCCCAAACCCCUCCACCUCUCACGCGCGUCGCCGUCGUCGCCGUUCCCGUCCUCGUCGCGUUUGCAGCCGUCCGCACCUCGUCCGCAACCCUGGACCUUGCUUUUUAAGGUAGGAUCCAGGGAUCCAAAAGCGAGGUCUCCCCGAGCUACGGAGAAUGUGAUUGGAAGCAACUACGGUUUCAUUCAGAAAUGGCCACACCAGGGAGCAGUACUGGGGCUGGCGGCAGCAGCACCAGAUCGGCGAAUGGCGCAGUUGCCGUCAAUUCUGCUGCGACGGCGGUCGGUUCGGCCGAUGCCAGAUUCCACUCCCAACAACCACAUCAGCAGAGUAGAUGGGCUGGCUGUUUUUCUGGCUUGUCAUGUUUUGGAUCGCAGAAGGGUGGAAAGCGUAUAGUUCCUGCAGCACGUAUGGCUGAUGGGAAUGCGUCAACGAACCGUGGGAAUGCUCUUCAAUCUGGUAGAAAUUCCAACCAAAAUGGAGCUAUGAAUUUAUCUCUUCUUGCACCACCAUCAUCGCCCGCAUCCUUCUCGAACUCUGCUCUUCCUUCGACUGUUCAGUCACCUAACCGCUUCCUGUCAAUAUCUGCAAACUCUCCUGGUGGCCCAACGCCUAAUAUGUUCGCUGUUGGACCAUAUGCCAAUGAACCUCAACUUGUCUCACCUCCAACAGCCUUUUCAACUUUCACAACUGAGCCCUCUACAGCACCACUGACCCCUCCUCCUGAACUAGCUCAUGCAACCACUCCGUCCUCUCCAGAUGUUCCAUAUGCUCGGUUUCUUUCAUCAUAUACGGGUCCUAAAACUGCUGGCAAGGAGCAUAACAUGCAUUACCUGUCAACAACAUACUCUGGUGGUUUAGGACUCCAGGGAUCUUAUCCACUUUACCCAGGGAGCCCUUCUAGCAGCCUCAUAUCGCCUGCCUCAGUAACUCCAAGGACCGGUCUAUCCUCACCAAUCCCUGAGCAAGAUGUUCCUACUGCACACUGGAAGACAUCUAGGUCCGUCUGUGACACGCCAUAUUCCAUUGCAUCGCCCAUUCCUGAGCAAGAGGUCCCUACUGCACAGUGGAAGACUUCCAGAUCUGCUUGUGACACACCGUAUUCCAAUACAUCACCAUCAAAUAUUUUUGGACUUGAUUCAGCUGCCCCUAGAAACUGUCUGCUAGAUAGCAAUUUUUUCCGUCCAGCGGCAUCUGCUCAGUUCUACCUGGAUCAGGCUCAACAGUCAUUUCCGUAUAAUGGUGGAAGGCUUAGUGUCUCAAGGGAUAAGCAAGAUGCUGAUGAGGUUGAAGCAUACAGAGCAUCAUUUGGAUUCAGUGCUGAUGAGAUUGUUACAACUCAACAUUAUGUAGAAAUACCAGACGCGCUGGAUGAUGGGUUCAGCAUAUCCCCAUUUGGAAACAACGCCCCUUCUACUGAGGUGUCCCCAUUUAUUGAUCUGCCUAAUGAGGUUCAGAAAGUUGAUAAAAUGGAUAAGUCACUCUUGAAUGUAAACGAGACCACAAGCACAAAGAAGUCGCUGGACCAGCUUUCUGGUGGCAGUCCACAUAAAGUACUGCACCUGGAUAUAUUCAAAGGAACGAAAGCGGGGCAUCUGUCUGAGGAUGAUGCAACCGCGAAAGAUUGCCAUCCUUUCAGGAAGGCGAGGGAUGAAAUAUCUCUAAAACCCAUUGAGGUCAGGAAGAGAUCUCCGCCUGGCCAGGCAUGCUCAGAUGCUGAAAUCGAGUACAGAAGGGCGAGGAGUUUGAGAGAAGCCAACGGUGUUCUGUCAUGGCGCAGCACACUGUCAAGACAGCUGCAGUAAUGGUGCUCUGGUAUGCAGGACAAGUUUGAUAGUUCCCUUAGCCUAGUACAUGCAUCAAGUCGAGCCGAGCUGUUAGAAGUAAGCCGUAACCGAAGAGUAGCCUGGACUUCCGGGGUAAAAAACGAAUAGCAUCUACUACUAUAUAUAUCUGGGGAUUUAUACAGCGAGAUUGCUGUGGGUAUGUGAUGAACAGCUUGUAUUCUACUACUCCCUAUUUAAGAUCACCAUGUUCCUCUUUUGUAUAAACUCUCUAAUCGUUAGCCGGAGCAAUGAAAUGAAUGUGUGUGCAUGAUUACUUUGAA